AUACACACCCUUACUAGCACCACUGCAGCUUCAGAAGCACGCAGUAAAUGCGCAGCAUGCAUCCUAUGGUGAAUGCGGGCAUGACACAUUACGAUAAACAUUGAGCAUCAAGCUACUGCCAACACUCAGAAAGCUGCUGAAACAGCUUUCUGUUUUAAUUAGGAAUUCAGAAUAAGAAUGACCGUGUUUCAGCCUGACCGUGUUUCAGCCUGACCGUGUGUGGGCCUGAGAGCAUGGGCCUGACCGCGUGUGGGCCUGAGAGCAUGGGCCUGACCGCGUGUCUGGUUUCAGCCGCCCUGCUCUGCGACCUCGGAGCCCCGCUCUGCUAAAAGCACAACAUUCAGUUCAAUUAGCGCCCUGAAUUAUUGAUGCCCGUCUGGAAGAGUAUUUGUAUUUACACUGAAAUUAAAAGCCUCCGGUGUCAGUUAUCGGGCUUGAGGGACGGAGAAACACACAGGAGGGGAGAGAGAAAGAUUUUCUUUUCGUGUUGCCCCCCCCCCCCCACGCCAGUCUACAACUAAAAUGUUUCAUGACCAGAAGGUCAAAUUUGGAUAUUCCCACUAAUAAGGUUCUGUUGAGGCUGGUCUUUGGGGACCCACAUUUCACGGCAGGAGAGGAAUAAAGACCAUUUAAUAUGACCAACUUAUCUGUCAGGCUGGUUAUGGCAUUAAUAACAUCUUCAUUCCGGAAUCCAGGGCCUUCACCAGCCCACCUGACCUGGAGGUACUUCAGGGUAAAACGCUCCGUAACGCUGGAUGCGAGAUGGACGGGAAUGAGGCUGUGUGCCUUUGCUCCUCCCUGCUCCUCAAGUGCUCACCCUGUGCUCCUUUACUCUCUGAGCAGCCUCCUCCUUCCUCAUCCUCUUCCUCUCCCUCCAUUUGACUGCUUCUCUCCUGACCAAGCAUUUGUAGAGAAGCUGUCCUCGGACCCAGACAGCAAAUUGUCCCGGUGAAAUGCAGAAUCAUCCAAAUCCGUAUCUGUUCUCUUUCAUUAACAUAACAUCUAAGAUUAGAUGUAGAUUUUUUUUUAAGCUGGGAAUCCCAUAGUGUAUCCCAGUAUACCCAUUACUCACCUUUUGAUUCUCAAACACCUUCUUAAAGACACCUAAACUUUUUUUCUUUAAUGCAUCUUUCUGGCACUUUUUUUCCCAGUCGUAUUGUUUGACACCCUCCUCAUUACUCCCAUUUGACCUGCGGCCGAUGACAGGAAAGUAUUAUUUACCUACUAACAGAAAUACCCUUAUCUCUUUUGCCUAAUUUGUUCACAUGGCACGUGGUGCGGUGCCCCUUAAAGUCCGUCUUCUUUGACGAUAUUCAAACUCAAGGCGGGCGACGAGGGCGGGGGGUUGUGCGCGCGAUCUGUUAGUUGUCUCCGACAGCAGCCGCAGAACCGAGGAAGAAGAUUCAACGGGAAGAGGUCGCGGCCAUUCUGCCGGGCAAGUUUCCAGCGUCAGCUUUUCAGAGAUGCAGUGCACAUGUAACGCUCCUUUAGGACCAGUCACCACUCCUUACUGGACCAGAACAGUGCUGUUCCCAGACUGGGCCUACAAGCCGGCGUGGUCCCCCGGGUCCCGGCAGGUGCAGCUGUGGCACUUCCUGUUGGAGCUGCUGGGACGCGGGGAGGGCGGAGCCAUCGACUGGGGCCGGGAGUGGGGGGAGUUCGUGAUCCGCGACCCCGAGCGACUCGCACGGCUCUGGGGCGAGAGGAAGGGAAAGCCACACAUGAACUAUGACAAGCUGAGCAGGGCGCUGAGGUAUUACUACAAUAAGAGCAUCCUGCAUAAGACCAAAGGGAAAAGAUUUACCUACAAGUUCAACUUCAGCAAACUGAUACUUGUGAACUACCCUGGAUACCCGUCUUGCCACGUGCCGACCAGCCAGCCGGUUCAGAGCGCUGCAGUUCGGUUCCCUCUCUUUCCCUCUGAGGGGGGGGUGUCUCUCUCAGGGUGCGAGAGGCGGGAAAUGCCGGACAGAGCUCUGCAUUCCAUUCCUCAUCCGUAUCUGCUGCCGUACUGUUUGCAUAAGCCAUUCCCGGGACAGCUGUCGUAUCUGUCCAUCCCGCCCACUCCAGGAACGAGCCUAUCACAGUUCACAGGCUUCCCGUCCGUCAGUGCUGCAAUGCACCUUUCGGCGGCUCUUAAUGGGUGGCCGGCGUGCAAUGCGUGGACCUAUAGCGGCUGCAGUGCCGAGAAGGAGGGAGAGAGAGAGAGGGGGAUGAGAAAAAAGGAAGCACUGGAAGGAGAAAAGCAGAGAAAGAAGGGAAAUCAGGAUUUGCUCUAGAAAUCUUCAGUUUUUAUGCUUGUACAUAUAAUUUAAUUGUCACUGUUUACUUGUUAUUCCAGUUGUAAAGUUUAAUUAUAUAUAAUUGUCAUUGAAGUAGUACACUUACUGUCCUGUUUAUUAAAAUGCAUUUUAUAUAAAUUACUAUAUAAAUACAAAAUAGACUUUUGUGUACAUUACUUAUAAUAGUGUGCUGCAUUGUGUAUAUUAAAAUUUUAAAUUGCAUAAACACUGUUUGGUGUAAAGUUCUGAUUCUGGUUCAAAAAGAAGGAGAUGGGUCCUCAAUCAUAAUUGGUUAAUGAGCCCGCGGUGGUUA